AUAAUAGAUACUUGUUUUUAUCAACAGUUUACAACAUUCUAAACGAUUUAUCCAAAACUGCAGACACAAUAAAAAUCACUAUGACUGAAAAAGAAGCAACUACUGAAAAUAAUGGGCAAGAUAAUAAAGAGCAAGAUGUUGACCAACAAGACAAUAACGAUAAUGGAGCCAUCGAUAGUGAACUGGAGAGUGCUAUCAUACGCCAAGUGGAGUAUUACUUCAGUGAUGUAAAUUUGCCACGUGACAAGUUUCUGAGGGAGCAAGUAAAGCUGGAUGAUGGAUGGAUACCACUGGAUGUGCUUAUGAGAUUCAACCGACUUAUCAAACUCUCAUCGGAUGCCAAUGUCAUAGUGAACGCUCUUAACAAUUCCACCUCUGGUCUUUUGGAAGUUUCAGAUGACAGCAAAAAAGUUCGCAGAAAUCCAGAAUUGCCAAUACCAGAGAUGAAUGAGGAGCGUCGCAAAGAACUGUUAGCUCGUACAGUUUAUGCAAAAGGCUUCCCCAAACAUGCGUCACUGGAUGACCUGAUUAAGUUUUUCAAAGAUCAUGAAGAAGUGGAAAAUAUAAUCAUGAGAAGAUAUUUGGAUAGGACAACAAAGAAAAGACUGUUCAAAGGCUCUGUAUUUGUCACUUUUAAGACAAAGGAACAGGCAGAAAAGUUCUUGAAAACUGAAGAUCUGAAGCAUGGGGAAACUACCCUGCAGUUACUCUGGCAGGAUGAAUAUUUACAGAAAAAGCUAGAAGAAUAUACUAAUGCCAAAAAAGAGCAAAGAGAGAAGAAGAAUAAGAAGAAAGAAAAUGAAAAGGUAGAAAAAGAAGAAUUCAAAUUGCCUACUGGUACAGUGAUCCGUUUCAGUGAGGGAGAUGACAAAAUGAAGCGGGAAGAUGUCAAAGAUGCGCUGGCUGCUCUAGGUGCUGAUGUAGCAUACAUUGACUACAAACAAGGCGACAGUGAAGGUUGGGUGCGUUUAGCCAAAGAGAACACAGCAAAAGAUUUAGUAGAGAAACUAACAGACGGCAAACUUAAAAUUGGAGAGAAGGAAGUAGUUUUCAAGGUGUGCGAAAGUGAUGAAGAAAAAGCCUACCUCGAUAAGACUGUUGAAGAAAUGCAGAAGAGGCGAAAGAAUCAAAAGAACAAUAGCAAGCAAUAUAAAGGCAAAAGAAUGGGUGGCAGACAGGGCAGGAAACGGAAACAAGACCAACAUGACGAGGAACCCGCUGCCAAAGUGAAGGCAGAUAGUUAA